AUGGUCACGGACAAGCCGAACGACUAUAAAACACAUAGACACUACGUCACGCAAUCAUUCCACCCCAAGCCGUCAGCUGUGCUCAUUAUGUUUGGAUUUAUAUUUGUAGCUGCAACCAUAAUUCAGGGCAUAUCAUCACAGGGCCUGCCUUCCCCGCAACUUCCGGAGAACUUGCCACAACAAUGCUUACGGCCGCCACAAGUUAAAGGAAACCCUCACGAAUGCUGCGAAAUUCCCCCAUUCUUCUCAGACGAUGACUUCAAAGACUGUGGUUUCCAAAAAAGUCAAGAACAUGAACCCCCAAGACCGGGUCCUCCAGACUGUUCAAAGCAGCUAUGCAUACUCAAAAAGUACGAACUGCUGAACGGCGAGUCUUCAAUAGACUAUGGGAAAGUCUCCCAAUUCAUGGACCAAUGGGGUGACAGCAAUCCUGACUUCAAGCCUGCUAUGGACGCCGCUAAGAAAACCUGUGUAGGCAGGGAGCUACCAGGACCACCAUUCAUUUGUGAUGCUAAUAAGCUGCUUUAUUGUGUCAGGGCAACAAUGUUUUCUGAAUGCCCCAAUUUACCAAUUUGGACACAAACAGAGGAAUGCACGAAGCUCAAGGAGUACAUGGGAGAGUGCGCGCCUUACUUCAAGCGACCGCAGAAAUAAGAAAAUACUAAUAUU